UGAAGAUGCUAAUAGGAAGCAGAAGCUAAUGGAAGUACACUAAGUCUUGUUUCUGCAGAUCACUUCACUAUAGUCCAGUCUCAAAGCCCUUCGUCUUUUGUCUUCCGUCUUCUUGGGCACCUUGGCCGGAUGACCGUCUGCCGUCACGUUCUUGACGAACUCCUCACCCCGUUCAGUAUGGGGCUGGUGAGGUAAUCCGCCGGAAAAUCGCGAAGUUGACUUCCAGGUUCUUUUCCGACUGACCCAGAAGGGCAUAUCAAGGUGACUUUUUGAUACCCCCUGGUGGCACGUGAUCGAUAUCUUGGGCCGAUUUCGCAGGUUCUUGUGUCUUCUCUUGUGCACCAAUUAGACCAAGAUUCAAGGAUUGCCGAAAAUGCUGUCGAUACUGAGGAAGGCCCGUCUCAAGGACAAGGAGAUGCGCAUUUUGAUGCUGGGCCUUGACAAUGCUGGGAAAACUACUAUUGUGAAGAAGAUUAUGAAUGAAGAUGUCAACGAAGUCAGUCCCACGCUGGGCUUCAUCAUCAAGACGAUCGAGUAUGAAGGAUACAAACUGAAUAUCUGGGAUGUCGGAGGCCAGAAAACACUUCGCACGUAUUGGAAAAACUACUUUGAGAAGACUGACACGCUCAUAUGGGUGGUGGAUGCCACGGACAAAGAGCGGAUCGAGGACUGUCGCCAGGAGCUCACAGGCCUUCUUGUUCAAGAGCGACUGAUGGGAGCCUCUCUGCUGGUGUUCAAGAACAAAAGUGAUGUUGCGGGCUGUAUGACAGAGGACGAUAUUCGCAAGGGUUUGCAGCUGGACAACAUCCAGACCCACAAGUGGCAUAUCCUGCCCUGCUCUGCCAUGACAGGAUUGAACCUACAAGCAGGUCUGCAAUGGGUCGUUCAGGACGCAAAGGACCGACUGUUUCUUUACUAAAAUCAUGCUUUCGCUGCUGCUGCUAGGAGGAACUGCACGAUCCAAGAUCUGCCAUCAGGCCAGAUUCCACAUUCACUCCUGGAUCGGCUAUCGGUACCUGACUACCUCCUUACGGCAUAGCCAGCGGCUGCAGGCUGCAUCACGUAACCAAGCUUGCAGCGUGUGCAUGGGCACCCCCAAGGAGCAUUGGGAAACCUGAAGGCAGCUUUGAUGUUUCACCUCCCAGAUCUGCGAAGAAGAGCUCUCUUGACACUCACUUGAGGAGCGUACAAUUAAUUGAUGCAUCGAUUUGACGAAAAUGGCGCGGCAACGAGCACAACAAUAUGGAGGCUGAGAAAUACCAUUCCAGGGCUAAAGAUAUCGGGCCCACCCUAUGCGCAAAGGCAGAUCGAAUAGUCGCAGUCUGUAGUAGAAUUCCUCAGUGCCCGCAAUGUGGACAUUUCU